UCAUCUGCAGCCAUGGUACAACGGUGGAAUAUUGUGUUGUCUGCCUAUUCCUACGAAAUCCAUCAUCGCAGUGUACAGUCCAUUCCACAUGCAGACUAUCUAUCACGAUACGCCAUUUCAGAGGAGGCUCCUACGGGUGAUUGUCUUCUCACUCAACCGCUCCCGAUGAAUUACAUCCCAGUACAAAUGUUGAAAACAGUACAGAAGAACCCAGAAGAUCUGAACGAUUACUCAACAAAGCCCGCCGUGAUUACAGAAGACCGGAGCUUCAUUCAAGCUGCGGCGGAUGUGGUCAUUACUCAUGAACUAUGA